GAGCAUAGUUUAUAGGUUUGAACUACGUAAAACACGUGUUAAGGAUUCAAAUUGUUUACAUGUACCAGCAGGCUACCAGCUUCUAGAGCUCCUAUUAGUCCUAACUCCUAACGUGCUAAAAGCUAUAAAAAUAAACGACGAACAAUUCAAGUUGUUUCAUAUUUCGCCAGCUGAAUCGAAACCCCAACAUUAAUCAAAGUCAAACUUACAAGUUACAACUAAAAUUAAUUUGUGCCGCAUGAAAAUUGUUCCUAUCAGGCUAUUGUGAUUUGUGAAGUGAGCGCUCAGUCGUUUAAUUCGUUAUUAGCCUACAUCUUAAUUGUCUAAAUUGUUAUUCUAACCGCACCGCUCAAGAUUGAAAACAACAUGCCUGAACCCCAAGUUGAAUGCAAAAAGAAAAUUUCUAAUCUGAAUUUAAAUAAAAUCAGUAACAUCACUAACAUGAAGUUGAAAAAGCUCAAAAAUAGUCUGAAAGCUAAAAAUGAAACAAAAAAUACUGCAAAAACCAAGUUGAAAACGUCCAGUAAUAAUCCUCAAAAAGAAAAUGUAGCUAAAUCCAGAAAGGAUACUUCAAUCAGUUCACUGGAUUCUUUACAAGUUCCUGAUGUUGGUGACACCUUUGAGUCCUUAAGGCCUCAUGUCUCCCUCAAAACAAUGGAAGGCAUUGAAAGCUUUGGUUUCAAGACCAUGACAAAUGUUCAGAAGGAGAGCAUCCCAUAUCUUUUGGCCAAGCAAGAUGUAUGGGGCACAGCAAGAGCAGGAUCUGGCAAGACUCUUGCUUUCCUUAUUCCUUCAGUUGAAAUGGUUAAAGACUGCAAAGGUAUAAGCUGUGUUAUCUUAUCACCAACUCGUGAGCUGAUCAUGCAAACAAGCUCGGUGCUAGAGAAGCUUGCCGCACCUCACGGCUUGAAACAAACUGCCUUCAUUGGUGGUGUCAAAAUUAGCACAGAGCGUGAAACAUUAAAAUCUGGCGUAAACAUAGUGCUUGCUACUCCGGGUCGGCUGGUUGAUCACAUCAAGCACACGAGCGACUUCUUGCUGUCAUCUGUCAAAGUUCUUGUCAUUGAUGAAGCAGACAGAAUGAUGGACAUCAGGUUUGAGGAGGACAUGAAGACCAUCAUGCAUCACAUCAAGGGGAAAAGAAAAACCCCUUAUGUGACCAUGUUGUUUUCGGCAACCAAAUCUAAGAAACUGGAAGAUCUGUCAUCAAAAAUUCUGCGAGAAAACUUCAAGAUUGUUGACCUGAGCAUGCAAUCAAAGACGGGAGCAUCUACUGGAGAUAAGUCUACUUUGAAACUAGCAGCAGAAGAUCACAAAACAGCGGCUGAUAAGUUAACACACACUUACCUGGAAUGCUGUAUUUUCCAGCGCUUCAUUGUUCUCUACAAACUCCUCUCAGAGAACACUGACAAGAAAACAAUGGUUUUUAUUAAUACGUGUGAUGGAGUCAAUUUUUAUAAACGACUUCUUGGUCUUCUGGGCAUAACUGUUCUAGCCAUCCAGGGCCGACAGGGGCAGCAGAUCAGGUACCAGAACUACCAGGAGUUCGUGGCGGCGUCGUGCGGUGCACUGCUGUGCACGGACGUCGCGGCGCGAGGCUGGGAUAUUCCCGCCGUAGACUUAAUUGUCCAGUUCGACCCUCCUCAGAGCAUACAGGAAUACAUCCACCGUGUGGGUCGUGCUGCCCGCCGUGUGGGGGAGAGAGGAGAGGCGGUGCUGUUCGUGAGGAGGGAGGAGCUCGGUAUCCUUCAGGAGCUCAAGAAGGAAGGCAUCGACGUCCAUCAGUUCCAGGGCGUCGACAUGUACGACCUCGACUACGAUGUGCAGACCAAAGUGGAAGGAAUCGUGGCCGAGGACAAGGCCCUGCAGACGAUGGGCACGGCCGCCUACAGGAAUUACCUCACCUCCUACGUGGUCCUCAAGCCCCAGUACAUAUACGACCGGCACACAAUUGAUCUCAAGGAGUUAUCGAAGAACUUUGGCCUGAAGUUCCCCCCAGCGUUCAAUUUCUCGCGAACGCCUCUUAGUGCUCCCGUGAAGGGCAUCUUUCACAAACCCAGGAAGGAAAGAACUGGUCUUCUUGAGUCCGUCAAGUACGCCGGCGGUGGAAACAUAUUUUCUAUCGCCCCAGGGAAGGACCUCACGGAGAAGAUUCUAGCAUCGGAACAGAAGAGAGUCGGAAAAAAGAAAACAAACAAGAACAAGAAAGCUAAGACCACGGAAACUGGAACAAAAAUGAUGGAAGUAAAGGACCGAGCCCGCAAGAAUGAAAUGACUGGAGCAAAAGCAGGUAAGUUGGAGAAACAAACUCCAAAGAAGGAAGGAUCUGGAGGAGAAACGAGUAAAUUGGAGAAACAACCAUUCAAGAAUGGAGUUAAAAAAGAGAGGUCAUCCGAAAACGAUACCAAAAAGAGGAAAUCUGAGGAACAGAAGAGCGCACCUCCGAAGAAAAAAUUCAAGAAAAAUAAAGUUGUAACCGAACCUUAGUAAACGGUAGUUCUUCGCACGAAA